AUGGAAGAACCUAUUAGAGAAAUAAAGCCACCAAACACUCUAAAAGGAUGGAUCGCUUUUGGUUCUCCUUUAGAUUUGAUAAAAUGGGGAGAAAGAUCGGCCACUCCUCGUAAUGAAUUUGAAACUGCAGGCGGUAUUCUGCCUUCCCCUACCCCUGAAGGAGGAGAUCAGCCUACACACCCUACUUCUGUCAUUCCUACCCCUGAAGGAGGAGAUCAACCUACACACCCUGCUUUUGCCAUUCCUGCUACUACAAAGCCCAUUUUCUCUAUAAUUUCUCAGACAGUUGAACAUACAACUGCCACGGUUAUCCUAGUGGUGGAUCUUACGGAAACCAUAACGAAUCCUGCUACAGCCAAGACUUCUCCAGUUGCGCGUCGGAUUAUUAUUACUACAUCUCCUAUGACUCGGUCCCAUGCUAAAUCAUUGUCUCCUGAAGUUUUGGCACUACAAGUCCCUUCUCCCAUUCAAAGUGCCUGUCUUCUCCCUGUGAAAACUACUUAUAAGGGAAAACAAAACAUAUCGGAAGAAGACAACUCAUCAGAAUAUUCAACGAAUAUUGCAAGCGAUGAUACAUCUUCUCCCACGAGCUUAACUGACGAAGGAGAUGCCUUGAAUGUAGAUACUGAUGCCGAUGUGGAUAUUGGAGAAGGCAAUGUUAGAGUUGAAUCCCCACUUCCUGAUGCUCCAAUCACUCAUCCAGAUACCUCUCAUCCAAUUUCAGUGACCUCCGUAGAUGAUGAAGAGCAACUCAAUUAUGGAGAAUAUGGAUGUUCUCCUGGUGCGAAUAUCUUUCUUUCUUUUGAUGCUCCGUAUUCUCCUUGUAUCAUGGAAACUGUUAAUGUGGUUACUCGCGAAACAUCAAUUUUAAAAGAUGCAGAGGCUCAAUCAUCUGAAAUUCAUGUAACAAUGGGGAAUGUACUUCUUCUUCCCAGUACAGAAGAAAUCUUUCCAUUAGUCCCCACAAGAUCUGAUUCCCCCAUUCAGACUAAUAAGUUCCCUACUGUGCGUCCUUCUCCUAUCCAGCCAAUUGCUCGAAGUUUAGAAUUUCUUUCAAAUCUGGCUGACGUCCCAACUCCAAGUACCCUUAACUCGAGUACCAUAGGGGCUUAG